AUGGCUUCGUGGUCACGUAGUGAGAUAGGGGCAGUUUUACGCUAUAAUUUUACGCGUGGUUUAAGUAUAGGAAAAUACUUAGAAGAAAUCACGUUUGCAUUAAAUAAUGAUUGUCCUCAUAGUACAACUAUAUUCAGGUGGAACAGAGGAUUCCAAAGUGGCAAUUUCACUCUGGAGGAUGAGGGAAGGAAAGCCGCGAAGGAACUAGAAAAAAUUGCUCAGGAGUUCAGUUGGUCCUCAAGUUCCGAGGAAGAUCCUUUUCAUGCUUCUGAGGAAGACAGCGAUUUUAUUCCUUCCGAAAACGAAGAAUCUCAAGAAGCACACGUAAGAGACGAUUUGCUAGAAACCGAUGGAGAAGAUGGAGACGCAGAAGAUGGAGACGUAGAAGAUGACGAUCUAGAAGAUAAUGUAGAAGCUGAAGGUGGUAGACGGCCUCUGACUGUCGAACGCGGAGGUACCAGCUAG